AUGUUAAGAAAAGCUAUUGAUUCAAUGUUAAUUUUAUUACGUUUUGAUGAAAGAAAAGAUUAUUACAAUUCAAUAUCUCCAAAUUGGUUAUGGAAUUCUACAUUUGUAGAUAAUUCUUUCCCUAUCAAUACUACUACUAAUAAUAAUAAUACUGCUACUACUAAUACUCAUAUAAGUAGUAUAAAUUGCAAUAUGAGUCGUGAUAAUCUAAUAACAACACCAUUAUUAGCAGAUUCUAAGGAAUUAUCAUAUAGAAAUAAUAAUCACAAACUAAAUCGGGCAAAAUCCAUACCAAAUCGUAAUUCAAUAAUGAAUUAUAAUAAAAGAUCAAAACGUAAUGAAAAAAGAAAUAAACGAAAAAAUCAAUUCAAUCAUAUACGUUUACAUAGUUAUGAUGAAAGUAUAAAAGCUGAUCUAAAUGAUAAUUCAUAUUAUGAAGAUGGUGAAUUUGGUACUGAUAUUACAUAUUUACCAUUAAGUGAAUUUAAUAAUUCUAUGGAUCAAUUAAAGAUUUCAAAUAAGACAAUAGUCAGUAAUACUACUACUACUACGACGACGACGACAACGACAACGAUGACGAUGACGUCGACGACGACGUUGACUACCACUACUACUACCACUCAUAAUACUAAUACAGAAACUAGUAGAUUAACUGUAGAUGAAGAAGCUAGAAAAGAUCGAUUUAAUUCUUCAUCAUUACCAAUAUUGUUACAUCCACCAUCACAAAUAGCACACCAAAAGUUAGAAACAUCUUCAACAAUACAAUUACCAUCGCUAUCAUCAUUGCCAUCCUCCUCCUCUUUCUCCUCCUCAUCAUCAUCAUCAACAUCACCAUCAGGUUCAGUAAAACAAAUUAUUAAUCCAAAUCUCUUGAUAAACAAUCAUUCUAAUUUGAUAUUGAAUGAUGAUGUAGAUAAAAAUAAAAUGAAUAAUUUGCAUUUAUUAAUUGAUUUUCAUAAAAGAUUAAAUAAACAAAAUAAACAAACCUUAAAAAAUGAUCCUUUCCAUGAUCAACAAGAAUUAGCCUUGACAACAACACAAACAAAUUGGACAUUAUUAUUCCCUAAUGUAAAAAUAACAGAAAAUAAUCAUAAACAUGAUCAUAAUCAUAAUCAUCUAUUCAAUGAAUGUAUAACUGAUUGUAUAAAAUUGAAUGAUAUUGAAAAAAUCAAUAAAACGAAACAUCGAUCUCAUUCACUUAUUUAUCAACAAUCAAUGAAAUCAAUAUCGCCAUCAUCAUCGUCGUCGUCAUCAUCACCAUCAUCACCAUCAUCGUCAUUAUCAUUAUCAUCUUCAUCGAAUUUAUGUUUUAUUAAUUCAUUAAAUCAUUGGUCAAAAUAUCAAUAUCGAAAACAUUGGUCAUUUACAUUUUAUGAUUUUGAAAAUGAACAAAAUUUAAAUGAGGAUGACACUGCAUUAGUACAUUCAGUUUUUGCUGUUGUAGCAGCUCGUCUACGAAAAAAACACAAUGGUUCAAAAGGUUUCAUUAAAAAAGUAUCAGAAUAUGACAAAUUAGGUCAAACUCACUAUGAUAAUAGUACUACUAAUAAUAGAAAUAUUCAUGAAAAUAAAUCAAAAUCACAUCAAACCAGUAAACAAAUACAUCAACAUAUCAAAUUGGCUAGUUAUACUUCAAAUGAUCUAACUAAACAAGCUAAAUAUAAAGAGAUGAACAAUAAUGAUGAACAACAAUCAUGGCAUUUAUGUAUUAAAUGGAAUCCAAAUCAAUUAUCAAAUCAAUCAACAUUUAAUUCUAUCAAUCUAAAUGAUCAAAACAAAACUCUUUCCAAUGAAACAACUCAUCAAUUAAAAUUAAAAAAAACACAUAUCCUUGCUACACUGGGUACAGAAAUUGAUAAAACUCCAUUAUGGAAUAAUAAUAAUAAUAAUAAUAAUUCCAUAGAUUCAUUAAUAGAUUCAUUUAAUAUUCAUAAAUUAGAUCAAAUAGAUCAAGAUCAUAAACGAUUACAACAACAACAACAACAAAAUUAUACUCAAAACCAUUUCUUAUCACAAUCUAAAGAUCAUAUCAAUCAAAAAUCAAUAAUUUGUUCUAUUUGUCAACAUUUAAUUGAUCAUAAUUCUAAAGAUUCAAUUCUACCCUAUUUCUAUAAUAAUAAUAAUAAUCAAUUUACAAUCACUGAUCAAACUAUUUAUGAUCAAAAAUUGAAAGAAAAAUAUAAACUUCAUAAGAAUUCAAAUAGUUUCUAUCAUCAUCAUCAUAAUCAUCAUCAUUCUCUUUAUUAUCAUAAUCAUAUUAAAUAUAAACGAAAUAGUUAUUCUAUAUUACCUAAUCAUCAUCAUCAUGAUGACUAUGAUAAUGAUGAUCCUAUACAAGUUAAUAAUUAUGAUUAUUGUUCAAGACAAAUUUCAAAAAAUAUUGAUCAUAUUCAUAAUUAUGAUCACGAUCAUGAUCACGAUCGUGAUCAAUGUAAAUAUCGAUCGAAAAUAAUGAUGAAUUCAUUAGAUCAAACUAAUUCUACUACUAUGUUACAUUGUCAACAGUGUUUAUUUAAAAUGAAUAAAGGCUAUAUGAAACAAAGAUAUUUGAAUGGACAAUGUAAUAAUAAUAAUAAUAAUAAUAAUAAUAAUAAUAAUAAUAAAGCUGUAAAUGACAAUUCAACUUCAACUAUGUUAUGUUGUAGUCAUUGUAACCAAUGGUUUAUUCCAUUAUGGAAUCAAGUACAUUAUUAUUCAAGAAAUAAACGAAAUAUUUCAAAAGAUGAUAAUUUAAGACAUAGAACCUACAAUCAUCCCUAUUAUCAUCGUUCAUCAAGUCAACCACAAACUAAACAUGAAAGAAUAAUUCAAAAUCAUUUAUCUAAAACUCAUCGAUGUAAUCAUAACGAUGAGUACAGGACAUCAUUAGAGCAAACAUUUAUGAAUAAUGAUACAAAUAAUAAUAUUCAAUGUUCAAAUAUACAACAUCGAAUACAAUUCAAUCAACAAUCACAUAAAAGACAAUCAAAACACCGACAUAAACGUAUCAAACGACAUGCUAAAUCAUACUUACCUAUUCAUCGUUUACUUUCAAAUGAUAUAAACAAUCAAGUAAAUAAUUCAUCAGCUAAAUUGAAUCAUUAUAAAUUAGAAUCAUAUACAUCUCAAAAACAAAUAGAUCAUCAAUCUAUGAUAAAUAAAAAUGAUAAAUUCAUUGUAGAUCCUUCACUUGAUCUCAAUCAACGGUUGAUUCAUUUAAAACAGGAUCAUAAAUUUAAACGUUAUAAUCGAAAAUAUUUAGGACAAUUAAAUGUUCAAGAAUGGUUAAAUAAAACAUUAACAAACAAUUAUUAA